AUGGGAGCAUCGGCAUCAAAACCAGGUAGAAAGCUUACCAAAGUAGUCUCUGAAACUGCCAAGGCUAAGCCUUUGAAUCGAAGUACCAAUGUCAACCCUCUCCCUUCACAAACUUUAAAAGAUCGAUUUGAACAACAACCUAUAUCACAACAAUCUAUUCCUGUUGAGCCAACCAGAGAGGAGACUGCUCCACAAAUGACAGUACAAACUCCACAACAAGAUGCUCAACUGCCAGCAUUUAGAUCUACCAGUUCAUUUGACCCAAGUUUCUUAUCGAAAAAGUUAAACAAGCAAACCGUGAUUCCAGAAGGUAAAGAUGGUGGCGACCCUCAUGUAGAAGGUACUGAUACAUACCAAAGAGGGUUUGUUGAUUCUGUAACAAAAUUAGGUAAACAUGUGCAAUCAGUUGAAUACAAUCCUUUAAUGAACAAAAAUGUGCUUGCAUUGAAACAAUUACAAUUCAGAAAAACGAUAUCUGAACAAGGAGAGAAAGAAUUAGAGAGUGAAAAGAAUAACGAGAAUGGAGAAGAAAUGUUUAAAACCAUGGUUCAUCCUCAUACACUUACUGCUAUUUUGCUGGAUUUGAAGGAUCCAAGAAUGACUCCCGAGUCCAUUACUAAAGAUUACCAAUUACAUCCAGACUUCUUGAAAGAAUUGGGAGAUAGAUUUAAGAUUCCAACCACAAGAAAGCCAAUCGAAGAAGAAAAACCAAAAGAAGAUGAGUUUAUUAGUGGCGUAGAAGUGGAUUCUGCCAUGCAAUUUGAAGAACCAGAAUCCAAAGUGGACCGUGAAAGGUUUAAGAAAUUGAAGAGUAGACUUGAAUAG